CAACAUCAAUAGUUGCACUCAAUUCACAAAAAUCAAAUAAACCAAAACAAUGGCCUUCAAGAACCAUUCUUCAAGAACAACUCUUUCUUCUUCUUCUUCCACUUCAUUUUCAUUCAGAUUCACAACAAUCAUUACCUUAGCAUUCAUCUUUUGUUCUUCUUACUACAUUUUCUUCUCACAGUUUGAUUACUCUCCGGUGACUUCUUCACCGGAAAAUCCUCCUUUCGCAGGAGAUCUUCGAGACCUGACAUUCCCUUGGAACAAACUCUCACUUGGACCAAUCUCGGAGAAGCUCAAACUCGCUGUCUUCUGCAAGUCAUGGCCUGUUGGUUCGAUCCCCGGAGGAAUGGAGCGUCAUGCUUACACACUCUACACUUCUCUCGCCUCAAGAGGUCACGAGAUUCACGUCUUCACGGUUUCUUCCGACAGAAGUAACCGAGAAGAGUACUACAACAAAGGAGAUCUCCAUGUCUACUUUGCUCCAAACGAACACGGCUCACUUAACCACUCUCGAGCUUUUGAGAUCUUCCAUAAAAUCAACAGUCUAGAUCAUCAUUCCUUUGAUUAUGUUCACACUGAGAGUGUUUCUCUGCCUCAUUGGCGAGUCAAAAUGGUGCCUAAUGGUGACAUAGCUGUGACAUGGCACGGAAUCUGGUACGAGAUUAUGCAUUCAAAUCUUUUUCAAGAACUUUCCAAUGAUCGUCCUAGCUCUGAUCUUCAACAAACGAUGCCUAGACUCGUCGAUGAAAUCAGAUUCUUCCCAAAAUAUAAACAGCAUAUUUGCAUUAGCAACAGCGCGCGCGAGGUACUAGUUAACAUCUAUCAACUUCCUAAGAGAAAAGUUCACGUUAUAGUCAACGGUGUUGACCAAACCAAGUUCGUGUAUUCUCCUGAAUCUGGAGCUAGGUUCAGGGCGAAACACGGUAUUCCUGACAAUGGGACAUAUAUUGUGAUGGGUGUGUCUGGACGUUUGGUGAGAGACAAAGGACAUCCACUUCUAUAUGAAGCGUUUGCUUUGCUCGUUAAAAUGCACCCGAAAGUCUAUUUGCUUGUGGCUGGAUCUGGUCCUUGGGGCAAAAGAUACGCGGAAUUAGGCGAAAACGUUAGGGUUUUAGGAGCUUUAGAGCCAGAGGAGCUCUCUGGUUUCUACAACGCUUUAGAUGUGUUUGUGAAUCCGACGUUGAGACCACAGGGGCUUGAUUUGACGAUCAUUGAGGCGAUGCAGUGUGGGAAACCUGUCGUGGCACCUAAUUAUCCAAGCAUUGUUGGGACAGUGGUUGUGGACGAGCGUUUUGGGUACACAUUUUCUCCAAACGUGAGAUCUCUUGUUGAGACUUUGGAUUCUGUUGUAAGAGAUGGGCCUAGGGUUUUGGAGAUGAAAGGAAUAGCUUGUAAGGGAUACGCUCUUUCGAUGUUUACAGCGACUCAAAUGGCUUCGGCUUAUGAGAGAUUCUUUAUGUGUAUGAAAAAUGAGAGGUACUGUAGGUACCCUCUUUCCACAGAUAACUGAUUUGGUAAAUUGGUAUAGUUUUGUAAGUUACGUUGAAUCAUUUCUUUUGUAACAAGUUACUUGAUCUCUUGCAAAACAAUUUGGUCACACUAUUCAUACACAUACUUAAGCUCAAGCUUGUCACGACUUGUAACUUUUUGUGAAUUUGUAACGAAAGUGAUGAAAAAGAGAUUUUGGAAAAUGAGUUUCGU